GAAGAGGAACGUGAGGCCAAGCGGCAACGCGAGGCAGAAGUGCAGGCGAAAGUUGAGGCUCUACGACUGGAACGGGAGAAACGCUUGGAAGAAGAGCGAGGAAAGUUCCUUGAGAAGGCCAAACAAAUCAUUAUUGAUCCUGAUGCAGGGGGUCUUUGUCGAACCUUGUUCCCUCCUAUAAUCAGGGUACAGUGGUAA